GUGAUCAGUGCAAGAAGCGAGUUCUUAAAGAACGCACUGAACGCACCACUUAAAUGGACCUUGUUAAAGGACGUUCUGUUUAGGCUCAUUACGCACUGAUUUGCAAGCUAUUCUACUGUGACGGACGACGAUUUCGUGGAUUUCUAUUGGACGAGACGUGAGGGAUAAUAGUGACGUAACGUUUUGACAGUUCCGUUGUUGUGACAGGAACCGUUCUAACCUUAAAAGUGACAGUGACAGUUUGUUUGACGGCUACGAUAAGGCUGUUCGGUAACCUGAAUCUGAGUGUUGUGGAUAGUGAUUUUAUUAUUUUCAGCCAUGUUGGACUUGGUAUUUUGAGACUUUUGCCGCAGUACUUCCUAUCAACAGAAAUUCAGCGUGUUGUCCAGAGGCUAUGCCGGUGCCAUGAAUACAGGAAAUAUGUCUUCUAAGAGGAAGUCGCCUCCAACGAAACUCCAAGAAGGCAGCGCCAGCUCGUUGGUCGCUGCUGAACACAACAACCAACUCCCCGGCCUGAUCAACAGCGGUAGCGACGGCGGAGGGUUGACAGACCUGGACGAGACGUCUAGCAACAACCUGAGCGACAUCGGCGAAGAAGAAGCCAACUCCAUGGUGCACAACACUUCCGCCUUCUACAAACUGAGCGAGAGCAGCUCGGCCAGUCAUUCGGGCAGUGAUAUCGACCUGGACGACGAGAAGUCGGCCAAAAACCCCAGACUGAUGUUUUCCGAGGCCAACAGCCUACUCAUCCCCCCCGCGAUCACCAGUAUCUCCUCGUUGUCCCUGCACAACGACAGUGAAAGACGUAGAAAUAGUUCCGAAUGUAGUUCCCCCAGUUCCGAGAAAACGAACAUUUACAAUAAUAACAAUAUUAGUCUGCACAAUAACAAUAGUUCCUUACAUCCCAUGAAGAGGUCCAUGGACGACGUGCUGAAGAGGUUGACGUCGAAGAUAAACAACGCGAGUUGCAAGGACGACCGUCGGCCUACGCCGACCAUGUCACCGUGUUCGGAUGUUGAAUCCACAGCGGCGCUUCAGGAAGCACUUGCCGGCGACAAUGUGAUGGAAAAAGACAGAAAAAUAUCAGAGUUGAUAUUUCAGCUACAAAUGGUUAGGGAACAACUACUCACACAGCAAAAUCAGGAAGCACCAAAGAAUACCCCGCAACAGUACAGCAAUGAGACUCAGAAGCAGCUGGAGCUCCAACGCAGGCAGCAGGAAACGAUGCUGCAGCAACAGCAGAAGUUGCAAGAGCUGCACGGCCAGAUACAGGCGCAGUAUGCAGCCAGUGCCGGUGCGGUGGGUGGGCCGCAGGGUCUGAUGUUCCUACCGUUCUUGGAACACCUGCGUGCCCUUCCUGCUGCUUUACCACCCGGUGUAUCCAAGAAUGCUUUGACAAAUCAGAUGCUUCCCCCUCAACAAAUACCAAACUGGACCGCCCACCUUCAGCACAUGCAACAGACACCAAACAAUUUGGAGAAGAAGACGCCACCCCUACAACGUACCCCCUCCCCUCAAGUAGCUCCUUCAGACCCAGAUGCUCCACUCAACCUAACCAAACCAAAAUCCUCCGGUUCAGAAUCCGCAGGUUCCAGUCCCCAUUCCAGUUCCACGCCAAUGGGUUACUCGCACCACAACGAGCAGCCUGUGGCUGCCACAGCUCCAAAGUUACUACCUCCAGGAUUGGUUAUGCCAAGGCCUUUCUUGCCAUACGCUGGUCUUCCACCUCAGUUCAGUCCUUUGCCUCCAAACAACGAGAGGAAGAUGAACAAUGAAGCCAGGCAGAAUGAGAAGCAGCAGCAGCAGCAACACCACUUCCCCUUGCACAUGUACGGUCUACCAACACCUCCAAAUUUAGGGGGUAGGCCCAUGAAGGAUGAUGGUGGAUUCAAGGAGGAAUCAGAUUUUAUGGCAGCUUGUCAUAUGUGGGGUCCUGAUCAGAACUUCAAAAUGGAAGACAACUCAGAAAAGGCCAAAAUUAUAAGGCAACAAGCGAAACGAGACUCAGAAAACAAACCCCACAUAAAACGUCCAAUGAAUGCUUUUAUGGUGUGGGCUAAAGACGAACGACGAAAAAUCCUGAAGGCCUGUCCGGACAUGCACAACUCCAACAUAUCCAAGAUCCUUGGAGCCCGUUGGAAAGGCAUGUCGAACUCAGAGAAACAACCCUAUUACGAAGAACAAAGCAGGUUAUCCAAGCUUCACAUGGAGAAACAUCCCGACUAUAGAUACAGACCAAGGCCUAAACGGACUUGUAUAGUAGAUGGUAAGAAGAUGCGGAUAUCUGAGUACAAAAUGCUGAUGAGGCAGAGGAGGCAAGAAAUGAGACAGCUUUGGUGUAGGGAUGGUAGUGAAAUGAGCUUUCCAAUGGGUAGUAAUGACCUAGGGGCUGCUACAAGCGCAUCUGGCAGACCAUCAGUUUCACCACCAAUGAAUUUCUUGAAUGGGGGAGCUGGCCCAAGCUCUGAGAAUUAUUAUUACCCAAAAGAGAGUCAUUCACCCGAUGUUAUGAACUUCUCCAAGGAUCAUUCUAGCAUGAUGAGCUAUGAAACGUCUAGUCCAAGGCGGGAGGAAGACUGAGGGUUGGAGAAUAGGGAAAAACUUUUCCCUUGGUACUGAUUCCACAUCUCUAAGCCUCAAAAAGGCAGGAGAAGCUCGAUGAGAAAUAAAUCUAGUGAAUUUCGACAAAUGAAAUCUUAGGCUACUUGUAGCAUAUUGUAAAAAAAAAUAUAGAAGACAGGACACGAAGGUUUUCUACGGAUAAACUGCUGUAAUUUCUUCGAGAACGUAAAAAAUUGUGCAUCUCAUAGUAAGGUAGAUGAAGUUGAAUGGAUGGUUAGUUCAUUUGUUAUGUUGAUGAGACUGUACAUGUGGAAAUAGUCGAAUUAAUUCAAAUAAACCCAAAAAUAAUCGAGGAACUGCGCACUUUGGAUGAAUUUUUUUUAUAAAUUGUACUCGAAUAUUCCUGUUGCGAAUUCGACAUUUACUGAUUGUCCUAAAUACUUUCCAAAAUAUAAUAUAUUACUGGCAAUUAGUUUAUACUCUGUGUGCCAUUUCUAAAUGUGUAUAUGAAAUAUAAUCCAUGGAUUGACAUUCAAGAAACAAUUUUACCCAUUAUUAUUCGGUGUUGUAGAUGUAUUGUUAUUGUAGAUAUAUUUCUGAGAUCUUCAAGUUAUUUAUUACAAGCUACCCAGUAAGAAAUCGUUUUCAAUCUCUUUUGUAUAUUCUUGUAAAUUUUGUAUGAUGCCAAGUCGCAUUGCAUCACUCAUCAAAAACAGUGUCAAACUUUUUUCUUCCUUAUUAGUUUUCUUAUUUCGUGUCAUUGUGGAAAUACAAUAUUUGUCUUUGUUAUAUCACAAUUUACCACUUUCCUUUGUUAUUUAUUGAUAUUCUCUUUGUAAUUUCAAUGUAUGAAACUGACUUGUUUUUGACAACAAUUUCGUUUAAAUGAGGUUUUUAUCCUUUUCUUUGGAUGGAACCAUCAAGGUUUUGAAGUUUUUUUUAAUUCAAGUGCAAUGUACCUAUUAUUAUAGAGAUGGUUUUUCUGUUCUGAACCUGUUGAAUGUUUAUAUUAUAUAUUUUAGAGCCAGUACGUUAAGUAUACUUAUUUAUUUCAUGUUUCUUCUUUUGUACAGUAAUUCGAAUAAUAAUUUAGAAAUGUACAAAAUUGUGUAAUAUCUCCAUAAGCAUUAAAAGAAUGUAAUGGAAGUUGAAUAGUUAUUUCAAGUAGAAAGUAUUGAACAAGAUUCUCAUGGAAAAUGGCGAAUAUGUUCGAAUCCACUUUCGAUAAUAUUUUAUCUUAUCAUGUUUUUUCAUUUAGUUCCAUCAUAUCAUUAUUUAUGUCGAUAGAAGAACAAUAGAUUAUUUUUGUUUAGAAAUUUA